AUGCAUAUGUUAUUGGAUAUAGUGUUACAGUAUUUAUAUUAUUACUGUUGUUUCAGAGAGAGAGAUAUGAACGCCAAACUCAUUGUGCAGAUGGAAGGGAAGAAGACGAGGUUACUCACUGUAAAAAAUAGCAAAGAGCAGAAUGACGCUAACCGGGAGAAAUACAAGGACUUCACGUUUGACCAUUCAUAUUGGAGCUACGACAGCGCUGAUCCGCAGUACGCGUCACAGGAGCAGGUGUUCUCAGACCUGGGCCUGGACGUGAUCGACAGCGCCUUCGAGGGUUACAACGCCUGCGUGUUCGCGUACGGACAGACGGGCAGCGGGAAGACGUUCACUAUGAUGGGGUCGCCCGAUUCCCAAGGUCUCAUUCCCCGGAUAUGUCGUCAACUGUUCUCCCGGGUGGCGGCGGGUAAGGAGUCCGGCUCCUCCUACCGCACAGAGGUCAGCUACCUCGAAAUAUAUAACGAGCGAGUGAAGGACCUCUUGGCCAGCGACGCGGGACACUCGCUCAGGGUCCGCGAACACCCCAAGCUGGGGCCCUACGUGCAGGACCUGUCCAAACACCUCGUCUCAGAUUAUGAUGACAUACAGGAGUGUAUGCACCGCGGUAACCUGCACCGCACCACAGCCUCCACUCAGAUGAAUGACGUGUCAUCUCGCUCGCACGCCAUCUUCACGAUCACGUUCGUGCAGGCCGGCUACCUCCGACACAACAACAUGCCCAGCGAGACUGUCUCCAAGGUGCACCUGGUCGACCUCGCUGGCAGUGAGCGCGCAGACGCUACGGGUGCUACAGGCCAGCGGCUGGUAGAGGGAGCACACAUCAACAAGUCUCUGGUGACCCUCGGCUCAGUUAUCUCCGCCCUCGCCGAGGCCGCUCACGCUGCACACACCGCCAACGACAGUCAUUUUAAUAAAUUCUUUCAAACCUUAGGUCGAAGCAGCGUUAAGAAGAAAGUGUUCAUACCUUACCGGGACUCAGUACUGACUUGGUUGUUGAAGGAUUCGCUUGGAGGAAACUCCAAAACUAUCAUGAUAGCUGCUAUAUCUCCCGCGGAUGUAAACUACGGCGAAACACUGUCGACGCUGAGGUACGCGAAUAGAGCCAAGAACAUUAUCAACAAACCCACUAUUAACGAGGAUCCCAACGUGAAGCUGAUCAGGGAGCUGAGGGAGGAGAUAGACAAGCUGCGGAAACAGAUAUCACAUAAUACGGACCCCGUGGAGACGGAGCCGGACAUGCUGGCCACGCUGCAGCGGAAGGAGGCGCAGGAGAAGGUGCUCACCGAGAAGUGGACCGAGAAGUGGCGCGAGACGCAGCAGAUACUGCACGAGCAGAAGGCACUCGGUCUCAGGAAGAGCGGCCUGGGGGUCGUGCUCGACUCGGACAUGCCUCACCUCGUGGGGAUCGAUGACAACCUGCUGUCCACCGGUGUCACGCUCUACCACCUCAAGGAGGGUGAGACAGUGAUCGGUAGCGCGGAGUACUCCCCAGUACCGGACAUCGUGUUGUCCGGGGCGGGCGUGUUACCGCUGCACUGUCGAGUGUCGCUGAGGGAGGGCGUGGCCACCAUUAGCCCCGCCCCGGGGGCGCAGUGCUGGCUCAACACCGUGCUGCUAGACCGACCUGCCAAGCUCAGCCAGGGUUGUAUCCUGCUGCUGGGUCGCACGAACAUGUUCCGCUACAACGACCCGGCGGAGGCCGCCAAGCUGCGGGAGGGCGGAGCGCCCAUCAACCUGUCGCGCCUGUCGCUGCUGUCCUGGUCCGCCACCGACCUGGCCGCCAGCACCGAGAACCUUAACACUACUAUAUCUGACUUGGAGAGUGAGAUCCGUUGUGAGCGGAUCGAGGCCCAGCGAGCCGAGCUGGAGCGGGAGAGGCAGCAGUUCGAGCUGCAGCAGCAGGAGCGGCAGAGACGCUGGCACGCGGAGAGGGAACAGCUGCAGCUGGCGCAGAAACAGCUCGACGAGGAGCGUUCAGCGAUGGAGCGCGAGUACACGGCGGCGUGUAGACGUCUGUCGGGCGAGUGGCGUUCUCUGGAGCGAGGCUGGGCGCUGAGGAGGAGGGCGCUGAGGUGCCGGCAGAGGGAGCUGGCCGCGCGGGCCGCCAGCCACGCAGCCGCCGCUGACAGACACGCGCGGGCUAUUGAGAAGGAGGAACCGGAGAUCGCGGAGAUUCAGGAACGACUCGCCGAUGAGAAAGGGAAGUUUGAGGAAUUACUGAGGAAUAAGAUACAGGAGCUGGUGGAACAGGGAGUCAUAGAACAGAGCUUAGUGAGUCCAGUGGCGUGCUCGGAGUCAGCAGACAGCCUGCUGCAGCUGCUGCAGAGGAGCGCGCCCGACGACGGCCUUCAAGAUACUGUGGAGAAACAUAAGCGCGAGGUGGAGAGUCUAGAGCGGUCUUUAGCGGCUCGCACGGCGAGUGUAGCGGCUCACAGGUCCAGGGUGGAUAAGCUGCAGCACGAGCUGGCGCUGCUGGCCGCCAGGAGCAGGGGGCUGGAGGCAGCGCUCGCUGACGGAGCUGACGGGGCGGAGUCCCCGCCGCCGGGGGUGAAGCGGUCCAAGUCAGAACUGGCGCUGCGGGCCAGGGUCGAGUCUGAACCACUGUCAGCUGACGAACGAGAGAACUUCCGGAACAAGAGACUGAGCCUAAGCCUGAGUCUGGACCCGCUGCCGUCCCCCAGCUCAUUGUCCCCGGACACCUUCCACACAGCCACCUCCUCCCCCAAGGACACCUUAUGGCCGACACCCACCACGGAGGGCUCCACACUGUCCAGUGACCGUCUCCCGGUGUCCAGGACACCCACCACCUCGCCCCCCACCACCUCACCGCCCGUCCCCCGCUUCCGCUUGGGACCCGCGGCUGAUGACAGUGAUGACAUGUCCAGCACAGAAGACUACCAUAAGCCCCGAAUAGUGGAGGGACAGUCUUCAUCAUCAGUGGAACGCUCGCCCGAGGAGAGACAUCGCUCGCGACACAGACGAAGACUCAAUGAUGGUAAGAACAGGCGGCAGGUGACGGAGGCCGAGGCGCUGAGAGCGAUGCAGCGUCUGUGUGCGAGGAUCGCCUCGCAGAAGAUGCUGGUCAUCUCCUCCCUGGAGAAUGACUGCUCCAAGGAGGAGCUCAACAGGCAGAUCGCUGUGCUCCAGGAGUUACAAAAGAAAUACGUUCGCCUAGAGAUGGCGUUGCAGUAUUCGUUCUUUGACGGACAGCCGAAGAGAGCUAUCAUGGUAACACCCAUACAGGAGACACCCUCGCUCACACUCAGCGAGAGUGACAUGCAGGUCACCACGGAGCCCGCCACAGAACACACUAAUAAUAGAUUAAAAGAACCGGAAGUAGAAGCGUCAGACAAUGUAUCGACAUCCAACGACGAGCUUCCGGAGACCACGUGGUCGGAUCCGCUGCGGGCUUUGUCACACAAGAGUGACCACGACCACGAUGACCACGACCACAACACUGACUACUACAAAGACGACAGGAGCCGGUACAGACGGGAACAGAACAACAGACACACACAGAGCGUACAGAGUAUACCACUGGCUAUACCGGACUACCCGCAGGAAGGUUUAAAUCACCCAAUUGAUUUCUCGGAGGUGGUGAGUAUAUCAGGCUGGGUGACCCGCGGGGCCGGGGCCCGAACUCAUCACGAGUACGAGGUCCGGGUCCGCCUCCCCGCCACGGCCUGGGCCUUGCUGAGAAGGUACCGGCGCUUCCGGGACCUAUACCUCGCCGCACGCGCGCUCUAUGGAGAUAAGGUGGCAGCGAUCCCGUUCCCGGGCCGCGCGCUGUGGUCGUCGGAGUCCCUGGCCCGCACCCGGCGCGCGCAGCUGGAGAGCUUUCUCCGGCGGCUGCUGACCGUGUGCUCCGCGGACCGCCGCUGUCCGCUGCACGCCUCGCCGCUCACCAGGGACUCGCUGGUCGCCUUCUCACCGUUCUUUAGGAAGGGCGUGUUCGAGAGCGGCAAGUGCGGCACGGGAUGA